GUCUUGUCUAUGCGUUUGUUUGAGAAGAGUGACUUGUCUGCAAUCGUAAAUGUCAUAUUUAGUGGAAAAGUAGUGAAUUUGAGUGCAAAUUAAUUGAAAUGGCUGAAAAUAGGGAAGAAAUUCUUGCAAAUUUUCAGAGCAUUACUAACGUUGAAGAUGUUGCUGAAGCAAUAUUUCAUUUAGAAGAAACGAAUUGGGAUCUACUGUCGGCGAUAAAUAGAGUAAUGCCACAGGAUGGCAACUCAACAACUCAGUCCAACAGCACACAUGAUGUGGAAAUGAUUGACGAUGACAUAUCUGUGAUAACUCCAAAAAAUCAUCCACCAGAUCGGGAAGAUGGUAAUCAAGCCUCAACAUCCUCACUAGGAAAUAGUUCUUCAGAUUUAGUGGAACUUCAAGUUAGCUGUAAUAAUAAGAUACAUGAGAUCAAAAUGUCAGGUUCAGCUACAGUCAGCGAUCUCAAAAAGCGAAUGGAGGCGUUAUUCGGUAUACCCGUCUGCCAGCAACAAAUCUCAGGGCUGGGGGGCUCGAAAGCAACGUCCAGCGCUUUAUUAUCGAGCCUAGGGCUCGCGCGUAAUGCUGUGUUGCGGCUCAAAGCUGCUGAUAGAUUAAUGGCUGAUGAUGAGGUAGCAGAACGACUGACCACUACUUACACGUUACGAGUGAAGCAUGAUGACAGAGAGUACACAUUAAAGUAUCCGGGCACCAAAACGGUUCAAGAUGUCAAGAAUGAUUUGUUCUCAUUAACGGACAUACCUGUACGGCUUCAGGUAUGGACUGGCUGGCCAAAUGUUACCGGACUAGAUGAUACAGUGCUAGCAAUGGUGGGGCUUGAACUGCCGCAACACGACCUAUGUAUGAAGCGAGCACCGAGCAAGCAGAAAGAAUACAAGAGGAUAAUAGUGGAUAGUUCAGAUAGCGAAAACAGUUCUGUGGAGGAAAUAGAAGAUGGAGAUUCUUUCCCCACCGAGGAUGAUAUGUUUGUUGAUGUGCCAUCAGAGAGAUUACAACCGUUGAUGUCAGACCACGUGGAGGACGAAGCGUUAGGUUGCAUCGAGUUCGCGCAGCGGUUCCGCGCACGGUACGGGCCCAACACGCCGAACUUCUUCGAGGGGACCCUGCAGGAUGCCAUCAAGGAGUCGUGUUUGAAGCCUGCUAAGGAGCGGAAACUCCUCGGCGUGUACCUGCACCACGAGCAGUCGGUGCUGUCGAACGUGUUCUGCGCGCAGCUGCUCGGCUGCGAGACGGUGCUGCAGACGCUCGCGGCCAACUUCGUCGUGUACGGCUGGGACCUCACGCAUCCGGACAAUAUGAACUUACUUUUAACAUCUGUGACGAACACCCUGGGUCCAGUCGCCAGCAGAACGAUCCGCAGCAUCCCUAUAGACCGGUUGCCAGCUCUGCUCAUCAUCAUGAGGGUGCGGUCCAAUACGGAGAUAUAUUCGGUUAUAAAUGAUUUAUUUUGGAGGAAAUCGAAAGAUAUUUUGGGGUGGGUCAUAUUAAUCAAUAAUUCAAAUUUCAGAGCAAAAGAAGAGAUAAAGAAACAACAAGAAUUUGAAAGGAAUCAAGAAAUAGAAAGGGCAGAGUCAGAGAGAUUAAUGGAAGAAGCAAAAAAAGAGGCGCUGCGCGCGGGCGCGCAGGCGCGCGUGCCGGCCGAGCCGAGCGGCGGCGCGGGCGAGGUGAGCCGCAUCCGCGUGCGCCUGCCGCCGCCGCACCACGAGUGCCUCGAGCGCCGCUUCCACGCGACCGACACGCUCGCGGCUUUAUUAGAUUUCCUAGCGUCAAAAGGUUACCCACAAGAAAAUUAUAAAGUCAUCUCUAGCUGGCCUAGAAGAGACCUCACAACCGAAUCUCAUAGCAGUACGUUAAAAGCGCUAAAGCUGUAUCCACAAGAGACGAUCGUGCUGGAAGAGCGGUGAAGUGUGUACGAGCCCUUAUAACUACCCACCAUUUGUCAUACGGUUUUAUACUUUACGCCUAACCUCAAAUACAUUUGCAGUAGAUUUUCUACGUUGACAACUGUUAUUAUACCAAAAAAAAAAAA